CCAAGCACAACCCACCUUUUCUCACACAUUAGCACAAACACCUUGCACGCAUCCAAACCCCUCCCAACCAUGGCCCCCGCACCAAACAAAGAAAAGACGAAAAAAUGCUGCCCGCUCCGACGAUCGCGCAAGGGUUGCAUGAAAGGCAAAGGUGGACCUGAGAAUCCCUCCUGCUCCUACCGCGGCGUCCGGCAGCGAACGUGGGGCAAGUGGGUGGCCGAGAUCCGCAUGCCCAACCACGGAGCUCGCCUCUGGCUCGGCACCUUCAACUCCUCCCUCGACGCCGCCCGAGCUUACGACCACGCCGCUCGAUCUCUCUACGGCGACUGCGCCUGCCUCAAUCUGCCUCACGCCGAUUUGAAGACGCAGAGGGGAGGGGAGGAGUCGCGGAAGAAGGAGGAGGAGGUGGUGGCCCGAUUCGAUGGAGGGAUGGGGUUGGAUGAUCUGGAAGAGUUUUUGAUGAGGUUGCCGAAGGCGGAGGAUUUUGGGCUGGAUGUGUUUCAUGAUGUUGGAGUUGCAGGGCGUUGUGGGGGGGAUGGAGAUGAUUGAGACGGAGGGUUGUAGUUCUGUUAGCGUUCUUGAUUUUUAAGUGUGUUUAAUACUUACUAUUCAUAAAAUAAAAAUAUUUUUGGG